AAAUAAAUAAUCAGAGAUUAAAUUUAUUUAAAUUAUAUCGCCGAGUAUUUUAUGCAAAUAUGAAGCUUGCACCGUUCACAUUAAAUGAAUGGACAUUUAAAAAUGAUAAUUUUAAAUCUUUACAUGCAAUAUUGAAACCGGAGGAUAUUGAUAAGUUCUCGGUAGAUUAUUCUGGAUUAACAGUUUCUGAUCAAUUUGAAAUGCAAAUAGAUGGCACAAUACGGUAUCUGUUAAAAGAUAAGAACUUUUCAAAAGAAACAUUUAAUAAACGAAUGUUUAAUUUUAAAAUAAAAUACUAUCUGCAUGUUGCUGUAAUUAUUCUUUUAAUUAUUGGUUCUCUUUUCGUUUUGAAUCGUUAUGUUGGAAAAUUUAUGAAUAAACGUUAUAUUUAGAUAAAGAAUUCAAUUUUUAUGCGAGAAGUGGGCAUGGUUCUGGUAUAACGUUAAAUAAUUCUUUGUGGUGGUGUUUUAAAUGUUGGUAGUUGUCGAGCGAAGCGGACGAGUAGCUGUUAGUCUUUUGUAUAAUUAACACAAAUUGUUAUAAAUAUAUUAUAAAUUUAAAAGAUUUA